GGAAACUAACUAAAAAUAGGACAGCCCCAUAGCCAAUGAAAGCCAAGAGAAAGAAAGCCUUGGGUGGGAGAUCAGGGAAGGAGUGUGGGGCUCAACGUUUCCUGGGUCUAAAUCUAUGUCUGGAAGGCUAGAAACACUCAGGACGGAUUUUGCUACUCCAUUAGCCUGACUGUAGUCUUGGGAUACAGGGAACAUGGACAUCAGAGAAUACUUUGCAAGGAUUGGCUAUAAUCAUUCCAGUGAGAAGCUGGGUUUGAAGACUCUAAAUGAAAUGAUGCAGCAUCAUGUCCAAGCUGUGCCCUUUGAGAACUUGGACAUUCACUGUGGAAUACCCAUAGAACUGAGCUUAGAGGCUGUGUAUGACAAGAUUGUGAGGAGGAAGAGGGGUGGAUGGUGUCUAGAAGUCAAUCACCUUCUCUUUUGGGUCUUGACCACAAUGGGCUAUGAGACUACACUUUUAGGGGGAUAUGUUUACAAUACCUUAAAGAGGCAGUAUAGUACUAUGAUUCACCUGCUCCUAAAGGUUACAAUAGGUGAGAAAGCCUAUAUAGUGGAUGGUGCAUUUGGCCGUUCUUACCAAAUAUGGCAGCCAGUGGAACUGGUUUCUGGAAAGGAUCAACCUCAGACUCCUUGCAUCUUCCGCUUGAAGGAAGACAAUGGAAUCUGGUACUUGGACCAAAUAAGACGGAAGCAAUUCAUUCCAAACACAGAAUUUCAUAACUCUGAUCUCUUGGAAAACAAUGAAUUCCGUCAUAUCUACUCUUUUACUCUCCAGCCACGAACAAUAGAAGAAUUUGAGUCUGUAAAUAUCCACCUUCAGACUUCUCCUGAGUCUGUGUUUACAAGCAAGUCUUUCUGUUCUCUGCAGACAGUAGAUGGAGUUCACUGUUUAGUUGGCUGGACUCUUACUCACAGAAGAUUCAAUUACAAGGAAAACACAGAUUUGGUGGAGUUUAAGAUUCUGAAGGAUGAAGAUAUUGAGAAGAUCCUGAAGGACAUAUUCAAUAUCUCCCUAGAGAAGAAGUUUGUCCCAAAGCAUGGUGACAAAUUUUUUAACAUUUAGUAAGAGAAAAUCUGUAAAGUAUCAAUUAGGGUGAGGAAAUAGAUGCAUCAUGACAGUGAAGUUUUCAAAACUUUUUUUAUUGAUAAAUUUUGAAUAUUUUAUUUUAAGGUAAAAAAAUACUUUACAACAACAAACUAAAAACUGUGAGAAUUGGAGUGCCACCACCCUGCUGAG